AUGCUGAGGACACAUGCGUGGCAGCAGCGAGGCCCGUUUGUGUGCGCUGCAUGCCGCCAGGGCCGCUCCGUCGCCCAAACGCCACCGAGAAUAGCAUGGAGUGCCAGGCUUCCAGGUGUCGCGUCGCCAUGUACCACAGAAUUCGGGGGCAGGAGACUCUUCUCGACUUCGAAUAUCCUCGGCGAUGACUCUAAACCAUCCUUUCCCGGUGGUUUUUCAGGUGGUGCUGCCAAAUUUGGCUCCUUCGGCGCUUUCGCGUCCAAAGCGAAACCCGCAGCAACCUCAGGACUACUCCCACACGAAUUGGCUGCGCGCAAAACAGCUACAAUAGAGCCUCCAAAGCCUGCGACAUCAACAGACAAGGCGGAGCAAGCGAAACCCCGGCAGCCCCGAAAACCCCGGCCGGUAGACCCUGCGAGAGACCAGAAGACGUUGAAAUCCAAGUCUGUCUUGGCCGACAUACUUCGAUCCGACCGUCAGCCCCGGGAUCCAGCCACACCAGCCUCUUGGUCCUCUACCGACCGAAAAGCGCAUGCAAACGACCCGGGCCGAAAACCUGGCGAUUCCAAUGUCUGGCAGGAGCUUACCAAGAAAAGGCGAGACCCUGUUCCUCAUGGUAAAGGAACGCUAGGGACAAGGGCUCUCAAGAAUGGUGCGAAAAAGGAGCCCAACCAGGAGCCCAUUGGUUUAUGGGCUGAUUUGGACGACCAACAAGGCCUAUCAGAAGCGCAGAAAAAACGAAAUGCGCGUGAACGACAAGUGCCCAAGAAGAUGCAGGGCAAAUAUGCUGGCGUACACAGUCACCCAUCGCACGUUGGUGACGACCUGGCCCCUUCUAAAACCCCGACGGACAUCCCCACGAAGCAGAAAAAGUCUAGAUUCGACGAUGCGCCACCAAUUCGGGACGACAAAAAGUCGAAAAAAGGAAAGCACCAUGGAAGCAGUCGCAGAGGCACAGACGAGUGGGAAGACGACGGCGAUCGCUGGGAGGAACUUGAGGAGCGCAAGAGGGCCAAGGAGGCACGCAAAGCCGCCAAAGCUGAAAAACCAGUGGCGGUACCGAUAUUCCUCCCUGAGUACAUCAGUGCCACGGACCUGGCGCAAUCCCUCAAACAGCCCCUCACUUCCUUCAUGACCGACAUGGAGGAGAUGGGCUUUGAAAAUAUCACAGGCGACACAGUCAUGACCGGCGAAACGGCCGCGCUUGUUGCCAUGGAGUACGGUUUCGAGCCCACAGUCGACGACGGCGCCCGGCGAGACCUGCAGCCGGCGCCUAUGCCUGAAGAUAUGUCGUCUCUGCCGCCGCGGCCCCCUGUCGUGACCAUCAUGGGGCAUGUCGAUCAUGGCAAGACGACUUUGCUCGACUAUCUCCGCAAGUCGUCUGUGGCAGCGCAGGAGCAUGGCGGCAUCACACAGCACAUUGGUGCGUUUGUUGUCAGCAUGUCGACUGGCAAGCAAAUCACAUUUCUCGAUACACCGGGCCACGCCGCCUUCUUGUCGAUGCGCCAACGCGGCGCUAACGUAACCGACAUUGUUGUCCUCGUGGUGGCCGCCGACGACAGCGUCAAGCCCCAAACUCUGGAAGCCCUCAAGCACGCCCGCGCAGCCAAGGUGCCCAUCAUUGUCGCCAUCAACAAGAUUGACAAGGAAGACGCGCGCGUCGACCAGGUCAAGGCCGAUUUGUCGCGCCACGGCGUCGAGAUCGAAGACUAUGGCGGAGACGUACAGGUAGUCUGCGUCAGCGGCAAGACAGGCCAGGGCAUGGACGAGCUCGAGGAAAACAUCGUCACCCUGUCCGAGAUCCUCGAUGUCCGCGCCGAGACGGACGGCAUGGCGAGUGGCUGGAUCCUCGAAUCGAGCAUCAGACAGGACGGCAAGGCCGCCACGGUCCUCGUCAAACGGGGCACCCUGCGCCUGGGCGACCACAUCGUUGCGGGCAAGACGUGGGCGCGCGUCCGGCUGCUGCGCAACGAGGCCGGCGUCGAGAUGCGCGAGGCGCCGCCCGGCACGCCCGUGGAGAUCCUCGGCUGGCGCGAGCUGCCGCCGGCUGGCGACAUGGUGCUGCAGGCGCCCGACGAGGCGCGGGCCAAGACGGCCGUCGCGUACCGGUCAGAGAUGGCGGACCGCGAGGCCAACUCGGCCAACAUUGCGGAGCAGGAGCAGAGGCAGCGCGCAAAAGUCGCCGCCGAUACCCUGGCCGCUGAAAAGGCUGAACUCGGCGAGGACGGCGAAGAAGAGGCCGCCACUGCCACCGGCCCGCUGACGCAAAGCUUCAUCGUCAAGGCCGACGUGGCGGGCUCAGUCGAGGCCGUGGUCGGCAGCAUCUUGGAACAAGGCAACCACGAGGUGCGCUCGCGGGUGCUGCGCUCGUCGGCGGGCCAGGUGACCGAGUACGACGUGGACCUAGCGGCGGCGUCGGGCAGUCUGAUAGUGAACUUCAACACGGCCGUGGCGCCGCACAUUAAGCAGCGGGCUGACGAGGCGCGCGUACGCAUCCUAGACCACACCGUCAUCUACCACGUCGUCGACGACGUGCGGGCGGCGCUCGGCGCGCUGCUGCCGCCGCUCGUGACGCAGCGUGUGCAGGGCGAAGCCGACAUCCUCCAGGUGUUCCCGAUCAACGUGACGCGGAGGGUGGUGCGCAACAUUGCGGGGUGUAGGGUGCGCAACGGCGCGCUGAAGAAGGGCAGCAAGGUCAAGGUGCUGCGCAAGGGCAAGGUGAUUUUCGAAGGCAUCAUUGAUACCAUCAAGCACGGCAAAAAGGACGUGCAGGAAAUGGGCAAGGGCACCGAGUGCGGCAUCGGGCUGGAAGAUUUCGAGAGCUUUCAGGAAGACGACCAGCUGCAGACAUACGAGGUCAUUUCGGAGAAGCGCCAGCUGUAG